CGGGUUAUCGGGGCCGCAGGUAUUAUCACGUAUCAAAGUCAUAACAACAUCUAGCCCCUAGACUAUCAGUUGCGAUGCAAGGAGCAUACAAAGAUUGUACGAAAUUGCUUCAGCAAGUACAGAAUUGACAUUGCUGAAUUGGAGGUUUCAUUUGUCGCUCAUUUGCUUGAGUAUUUGUGUGGUUUUCACUCCAGCACUUCAUAAAGAUCUGCAACUCCUACCCAGAGUGGUCAGAGCACUCAACAUCUUGGUACUCAGCAGUACCUACCGGUAAAUGUAUCUGUUGGAUGAAAGUACCGGUAUUCAACUUCAACACUAAUAUUAUUUGUUUGUACUUGUGCAGGUAUGGCAUCCAAUGUGACAGUUCAAUCUGUCCUGGGAAAGAUCAGCCAGGAUCAUCUAGAAUGCUCCAUCUGCUCCUAUCGUUACGAGCAGCCCAAACUUCUGGACUGUUUGCACAGUUUUUGCCUGAUGUGCCUCCAUGAGCUCAGACAGCGCCAGGAACCUGAGAGUACCAAGCUACCGUGUCCUCUCUGCAGACAGGAUACUACACUGAAAGGAGAUGUCGCUGCCCUGCCUGAUAACUUUACUUUGGGAGCCCUGGUGGAGGAAUUCACAGUGCAGGAACAGCUGCUUGAAGGUCAAGGGUCAGAGAUCACAUGUCAAAACUGCGACGAGGGAAUUAAAGCUGUCUCAAGAUGCAUGAAUUGUAACUGUUUUCUAUGUCUAGAGUGCGACAAGGCACACAGGCGAAUGGCUUCGAUGAUAACUCAUGAAGUGACCACAAUGGCCCAGCUCCGUUCGGGAAAGAUCUCCUACAAAAGCAAAUUGAGAGAAGUGGUUCCGAAAUGCAGGAAGCAUCCAGACCAGAAUCUCAGUAUCUACUGCAACACGUGUGAGCAGCUGGCAUGCACCACUUGUUCUCUUCUAGACCAUGCCAAACACUCUCUCAAAGGACAGACGAAGGCCUUGCGCAAGUGCAAACAAGAAAUUGCAGAGGCAACUGCAAAAGCCGAACAGAAAAGAACAGAACUGAGCACCGCAACAAAGGAAAUUGAGAAGAUUCGCAAAGCACUGGAUAGUACGUUUGCUGACAUCACCAAGAAAAUCAAACAAAAGGUUGAAGAGGGGACCACUAGGAUGUCAGAAGAGGGGCAGAAACUGAAGCAAGAGGCGGAAAAGAUCUACAAAGACAGAGUCAAGACUUUAGACACUGCUCAAGCAACCUACAGCAAAGAAGCAAGCGACACAGAGCAGAAGCUAGAAGAGAUGAAACAACUCACAGAUCAAGCAAGCUGUCACGAGAUGCUAGAUCUCAAGCAGAAAAUAUUGCAUAAUCUCGGACAACUGACUGUGAAGCAGCCACAGAGAGUGCCUUGCGACUUGUCUUUCAUGGACUUCCAGGGCAGUGAAAUUACACGAGAAAUAGGGAAGCUGUCUUUUGUGGAUGACAGAACAAAAUUGACAAGUCCGGCAAGGUAUUGGCAAAUAAAGACACAAAAAUACAAAUUUGGAAAAAAUGAGACAGACUUUAAAUCUGCCACUCAAGUAGCAGCAUUCUCCGACAAUGAAGUAGUCAUUGUGGAUGCCGAGUGCAAGCACCUGAUAAGUAUAUCCCUCAAGACAACCACAUCUCCUGCAGUCUGCAAAGAACUUGAGAUUGACGAUCUUCAUAACCCUUCAUGCGUGGCAGUGAACAAGCAUGACCAACUCAUUGUCUUAGCAGGUCCAGUUAUCACGAUUUUCAACUGGAACUAUAAAUUCCUUAGGCAAUUCAAACCUGGUGUUUGUACAAAGCCAUACAGCAAACCAACUUGUCUUGCAGUGGACAACAAGGAUCUUAUAGCUGUUGGUUAUCAGAACAAGGAGGAGAUAUCCCUACACAGGCCCGAUGGAACCCUCGUCCGGAUACUGUCAGCACCAGGCAUAGGUCACUACUUAACUAUCAGCAAGGAGCGUCUUAUCUAUACCAACUGCAAAAAGUUAAAGUCAGUUGACUACAACGGCACCGUGGUGUUUUCAUAUAAAAUAAGAGCUGAUAAUAAUAUCCCCAGUGAUGCUGAAGGACUGUGUUGUGACAGGGAUGGCAACAUCUAUGUUGCAUUUUCUCUGUACAAUGCAACAGAUGAAAUUCAUCUUUUCAGUCCCAAUGGCAAGCACAGUGGACGUGUCAUCAAGGGAUGUAAUUAUGCAAAUGGCAUGGCUAUCAUUCCAAAUGGUGAUCUCGUAAUAGCUGCGGAAAGUUCAGUAUGGUUCUACCGCAACAGAGAUGAAUUUGAAUGAUAUCUUGAUACGGAGCAGCAAUCUCACUUAUGCUCUGCCCGUCGUCAGAGUUUGCUGAUGACGGGAAGAGCCUACUGUCAGAAAUGUUGUGUUUCAACCAGUUCCUUUCAAAAGCACGCAUGCUCAAACUGCAUAAUAUACUUGUCUUUGUCACCUCUGAGAAGGUACAUGAGCACAAAGUCAAGAAUCCUUUUUAAAAAAAUGAGUACCAUCAACGAUGAUGGAAACAUUAAUAGUCAACUUGUUGACAAAUGGAUGUUGAUGGAUUUAGGGUUAGCUGGAGUUUUAGAAAAUACGUUGUUGGUAUUUUGGCUUUUGGACGUGUGGGUUAAUUAUGUUGGGCCAACACAGAGCUGUGUGAGUUGCCGGCCGUUGUAAUAUACAAACAUGA